GCAGAAGAUAAUUGGUUUUUGUCCGACUGCUGUUGACACAACGUGGGACAGGUAGCUUCGUCUCACCUGACUAGGUAUAAACAUUCUGCCUUCGCGUUGGAAGUAUCCAAUAGGAACAUUGAACUGAAGUCUAUAUUUGUUAUUGAAGAAAAAACUGGUUCCAUAUACAAUAGUGUUAUUUUUGAAGACCUGCAAGACAAGUUUUCCAGGUUUAGAAUGAGCGGUGAUCAAAGCUCAUUCAGUGAAGCAGAUGAUACAAGCGAAGAACUCAAAGCCGGUCUUUCAGAAAACAACAACGUGCUAGAUAAAAAAGGACACAUUGAACAGGAUGGCCCACCGGACGAUAUCCGGGCAUUCUUCGGUCAUCCACUGGCUGCAACAACAUCUAUUAAUGGCGAAGACACACAAUCAUCCGCUGCCGCAUUACUACAUGAAUACAUUAACCUACCCGCCUUAGAUAAAAGUGGAUUGAAAAUAGGAGAAAAACUUCAUUUAUUACAAGAACUCAUUAGGGACAAAAAGGAGGACUUACAGGGAAGCGAUGGGUCGAAUGACUACAUGAGCGUCCUACAAACUGAAGUUGACAGAUUUUUUAAUAUGCAAGAAAUGCAGGAAAAAUCAAAAUCAGCAGACAUAGUCGCCACAAGCCAGGAGCUUGUGGAAACUCAGGGAAUUCUAGAAAAUGUAACGAAUAACAGGGAAGUGAGAAAUGAAAGUGACAUUGUGUUCUCAUCUGCAGAGGAUUUAUCAUCAUGUAUCACAACUAGUGCUUCAAAUCACGAUUCAGAUGACGUCAUUUAUACCACAUCAAUAGUGCAAUCCCAAACAUCUCCUAAACCAACAUCAGAUUCAUGUAUCAUUACAAACUGUGACAAAGUUCUCCCAAAUUAUAUCGAAUCAAUUAAACAUAAACACAAUGGAAGCAAACAUCAGAAUGAAAUACAAAGAAAUAUUUAUGAAACAAGACCAACUAAAACAAUUGUUAAAGCACUUUCAGAAAAAAUAAUGAAAAAUAAAGUAAGUCAGCAAGGCGUGACAAUGCCCCCGGGCAGUACAGUACCGUUGACUAAUGAGAAUAACGGUAUAUCUGCAAGUGCAAUAUCACGUGACGAUAGUGUGUCUGAUCCAAUAGAAAAACCCGAGGAGUUCCAAAAUGUCUCAACGGGUACUUUAACGGCGCCAAACACGGAAUCUCCAGUCACAACUUCGUUGACAACACAAGAUAAUAGUGAAAACAUGUCUCAUCGUUUAGGUUCACAUACAGUACUUGAAGUGGACCCUGUGUCCCUUCAUAUGUCAGUCGCUCAUAAUAAUUGUUAUCCAGAUAUGCUAGUGAACAAUUUGCAACAUUUAGUAAGUCUACAACAAUCUACAGGCAUUAGUAUCCAAGAACCAAUAACAACAACGCCAAUGAGACAGAACUCGUAUCCAGUAACGACAAACAAUUUCUACUCUCAGAACGCCAACUAUAUGUAUCCUCCAGUGACGUCAUCAUUAGAGAAUCAGGUAGCUGACAGAGAUAUAAUGUUGGAACGCUUUAUACAACAGCAACAGUUUUAUCAAGAACAACAGCAGCAACAUCAUCAACCAGCACAUCCACAGACGUACCCGUAUGCUACCAACAUAAAAGAAAACUACACAAUGAAAUCUCCUGAUAGUGGAUAUCACGAACCUUGCUUAUCUCCAACAGAACAACAGAACUCAUUGUUUUAUAAAAAGGAGGACAGUAAUUUCAAUGAGACGCCUGUUGCACCUCAGAAAACUGGAAAAAGACGGAAGUCGGCGCCAGUGGUAUUUCCUAAACAACGAUGGGCGUCGGACAAACUAACCGCAUAUCACCCGACGAUUCCAAAAUUAGAAAUUAAUCCGACUGGUUAUAAUUACUUUAUGGAUACUCCGAUCUCGACUUCAGUGCGGUUUGAUGAAGACAGAAUCACAUAUGUAAACAAAGGCCAGUAUUAUGCAUUAAGUUUGGAGUUUGCAGGGGACAGAAUACCGCCAUCACAAAUGGUUAAGUCAGUAAUCAUGGUUGUGUUCAGGGACGACAAAUCACUUGAGGACGAGAGGAAGGCAUGGGAAUUCUGGCAUUCACGGCAGCAUAGCUAUAAGCAGAGAGUCAUUGAUAUUGAUACAAAGGACAGCCAAGGUGUACAAGCCAGUAAUAUAAACGAGAUUGCAUUUAAUGCCGUGGCUGUCAAAUGGAAUCCAAGAGACUCAAAUGUUAAGGUAAAUGUGGCGGUACACUGUCUCAGCACAGAUUUCAGCAAUCAAAAAGGUGUCAAGGGGCUUCCAUUACACAUUCAGAUCGAUACAUUUGAAAAUCAAAAAGAUAUAUACCCUAUCCACAGAGGGUAUUGUCAAAUCAAAGUCUUCUGUGACAAAGGGGCUGAAAGAAAAACUCGAGAUGAGGAAAAGAGACGAACUGUUAGGACUAAAGACGGACAAGAAACAAUCAAACGAAAACGAAGCGAGAUGGAGAUGCAUUGGCCACCAUGUGAACGAUCAGCUUUCUACAGCAUGGCCGACUCCAAAACAUUUCCAGUUUUGUUUACCCCAGUCAGUAGUGAUCAAGAUGACAGCGUGAAUAAGGCAAGUCCUAUGAGUAUAGGUGUGACAGAUGAUGACGGAAACUCCAGUUUGACGAGUGCAGAAGGAUUUGAAGAUAUACUUUGUCCGCCUGCAAAGAGAAGCAGAACAGAUGCAUAUUAUCAUGAUCUCCCAAAAGUGUUAUUGUAUGUCCGAGAACACAACGAGACAAUAUAUACAGCACUAAUGCUACGCACACCAACUCUUCAAGGACUUCUUCAAGCUGUUGAAGAAAAGUAUAAAAUAGCAGCUGUUAAAGUCAAGAGUACUUACAAAAGAUCAAAGAAGGGAAUAUUGGUCCGAUUAGAUGACAACAUAGUACGACAUUACUCUCACGAAUCUACGUUUGUUAUAGAACUCAAUCAAAUGAACGAUGACAAGGACUAUGAAAUCAUUCUAUCGGAACUGGAUGUCUAGUUCCCUAUCAUGUGACAUUAUUCCAUUUCAUACAGUGCUGAAUUGUUGAAUUUACGUGUUUAUUUGGGACUAUGGUUGGUGGGUUGGUGCUAAACAAGCAUAAUACUAUGAUAAUCUAUGACAUAUGAAUAUGACAAUGUGACAUACUGCUGACAGCAGAGAUCUCUAGUCUUUCUUGUUCCAUUUUUGUGGCAUUAUAUACUCCUUAAUGAGGAUUUAAACGGGUACAGUGCAUCAACAAAAUAUCUAGUCUGAGAUCCUGGCUCACAGUUUUACACAACCGACGUGAAACAUAUAUUGGGCCGGGAUACCAGGCUACAAAAUUUUCAGAAUCAGAAUAAUAUACUGAUCUUAUGAUUCCCUGUUAAAUUACACUUUAGUGUUCAUAGAAGAAUUAGAAAACACAUGAAACAUACCCGUUUAGACCCUCUUUGUUCGUCUAAAUCUCUUUUACAAUACUCUUUGUUUUCUAUUGAAGAAUUGUUUAUACCAAAGUUGAUAUUUGUUUUGUCUAUGUUUGUUAAUGUUUUUGUACAGAGAAUGUGUAUAGUUAUUUUUGUACUUUUUAAAACCUGAGGUACGGUUAUUUGUCUCAAUUCAUUGUACAUUGUAUAGAUAUAUCAUUCAUGUCACAUUCCUUAUAAGCAAUAUUUUGAGUUUGGUCAGAUGAAUUAUACGACCAAAAUAUAUUUAUAACAGGGUAUGAAAUUGAAAAAGAAUCAAAAUUAAAAUAUGAAAUUAUA